AUGAUCGAAAAAGAGGUUCUGGAGGAAUUGAAACGUUCAUUGUCUGAGUGGGGCAUAGGCCUGACUGGACAUUCCAAUACCUUCGAACACGAGCGCUUUCGAAUCAAGAUGCGAGAUGCCGUACUCGAUGCAAUGGAUGAAAAGUUGGAUCGAAUUGAUGACUUUGAAGAUCUGAUGGAAAAAGAGUUUCCAAAUACGUUGGAGCAGGCAUAUGAAUAUAUUCUAUAUAAUGGAGAUAUUGCCAAUGUUCCUUUGUUCCUUUGUCAUGAUAGUUUCAUUGAAACUGGAGGCUUUGCACCCUUUCACCGUUGCUGCGACCGGCAAUAUUCUCGUCCCCAAGAAGUCGCUGAAUACAAAAAAAGAGUCGUUGGAUACAACCGCAAGCCGCAGUUUCAAAAGGUAAAAUUGGCACAACUCGAUCCGUUGAAUCGAUUCCGCUUUGAACAAGUUAGCGAGGCGGAGCUCUCCUUUCAUCGGUGGUUCGUUGAAAGUGAUGACAGCAGACUAGGAGUCUUCAUGGAGGCUGCCAUUAGUUGCUAUGCAAUCCAUAACGAAAGAUGUUUUGCCUGCAAACGUCCCAAAUCGCUGCGAUGGAAAGGAGGAAGUAGCGAUGCGUGGCAAGAUUUGGUGUGUACCAAAUGUCAAGCCAUUUAUGAAGUCAAGACCAAAGCAACUAUGGAACACAUCGAUAGGGCCUUGUAUUUCAACCGAAUUUCUGGUGGAUCCUUUCGAGCAGCAUGUCGAUUGGAAAACUCCAGGCCUUCAGAUCAGAAACGAUACCUUGUGUUGCUCCCAAGGAAUGCUACCACCAACAAAAGCGGACAAUUGGUGCAUCCAGUCCAAGUGGGGGAAAUCUCCACGAUCCUUCCAGCCGCCUGUGACUCAUCAUUUAACGUAAAUACACCAGGCAUUGCUAUAAGAAGCAUUGUUUCGUUGAAGAAACAGAGUGUAUCACUCAGUGAUGGAAAGUUCAAAACAACGAGACACUGGUUCGACCUGCCGAAAUCCGUUGUUGCCAGACCACUGAAGGAAAUUGCAAGAGAAGUAUUUUUGAAGCGCUUCUCCGAGGAUGAUCUGGAAAGGUUGGAGUCCAAGUAUAUACUCGAUGUUACCAUUGCGGGAUCAGAAAAAAAGGAGGAGGCAGACACCAUUAUUGAUGGCCAUGAUGAAGUUUUUGCCAACACAAUAAUCGAGUUGCCUCAGGUGGAUGACUGGGAGGAUCACUCUGAGGAUGAGUGA